AUGUGUGGCCAUGGAUCAGAGCAGGAUCAACAACCUAACAUCGCCCCUCCAGCUCGCCGUGAGAGGAAGGCUCGCACUGAGACUUCCACUCGUCACACGUGGAGCAAGGAGGACAACAUACAGCUCAUGACGCUGUAUUACCAGAGCCAACCAUCCCGCUCUGGUUACAGAAGGAGACUCCGGUCACUGUGGGAUGAUGCCGGACUCUUCACUUGUACAGAACAAAGAUUGGCAGACCAAGCAAGGUCAAUCAGAAAUAAUAAUCUCCUCUCAGACAUAGAACUACUGGAGAUUCGAGGUACUCUUCCACCUAGCGUAGUGGAAGAGGCUCCAACAACGACAACUCAAGCUUUACCCACAGUCUCCCAAGCAAUCAGGACGUUGAGGGAUGAAACUAUCCCAACUGUUGCCGCCGAAGAACUCACCCCCACCGCAACGGUACCUGAUUUUGACAAGGAGGCAAUCAUUGAGCGGCUAAAAACCCUCUUAGAAGACCCUUCAGUGAUAGAAACCAAGCCCCUGAGACAUGUGAACAGAAAGAAGCUUAUGGAGGAAACAUCUCUCAUCAACUCAUGUAUAGCAGAGAUUCCUACUUCUUCAAUCACUGAAACCAACACUUUAUUGCUUGCAGGAGCACAUUUAGUCAGCGAAAGACUUCAUGAAAAACCUGCAAAUAAGAAUGCAGAGAAGCGGAAAACUCCGCUAUGGAUAAGAAGAAUCGAAGAUAAGAUUACCCAGGUGAGGAAAGACAUCUCUUAUCUUGAGGAGAAGAAGAAAGGUAUUACCCUUAAACAAAAAAUACUAGAAGGGCUCAACAGACGUCACCCCCUGUUGAAGAAAAAGGGUAUAUCAUGCAUCAUUGAGGAGCUCAAGCAACGUCUUCGUGCAAAAGCAGCUAAGAUAAAGAGAUUUAAUAAAAGAUGCGAACGAUACCACCAGAACAAGUUGUUUGGAAACAACCAGAGGCAGUUCUACAGAAACCUUCAAACAAACCCUGAAGAACAGGAUAUCUCCCACCCUGAGGCUGACAAGGAUUCUUGUUUGAAGUUCUGGAAGAACAUAUGGGAGCAGCCGGUUGAACAUAACAGUGAUGCUGAAUGGUUACCGGAUGUCAGAACAGCACUAGCCUCAGCAGAUGAACAGCGACAACUGGAUGACAUUGGGACGCACGUACCUGCUCAUAAAGGACCACUCCAAAGGACCCAUCCCAUGCAAUUUCAGACCUAUUACACAUGCUUAUCAGCUAUGUGGAAACUGUUCACUGGUCUAAUCUCAGAUUCCAUAUACAACCAUUUAGACCAGCAAAAACUCCUCCCCACUGAGCAGAAAGGGUGCAAGAAGAAGAGCAGAGGAUGUAAAGAACAGUUAAUGAUAGACAAACUCAUUCUGAAGAACUGUAAACGAAGGAAGCGGAACCUGAAGAUGACGUUUAUAGACUACAAGAAGGCGUAUGAUAGCGUCCCACACUCCUGGAUUCUGUCUUGUUUGACCAUGUGUGGUAUCUCUUCAUCCAUCAUAGACCUGUUUGAAGCCUCCUUCAAACAAUCGUAUGUUAACCUGAUGCUUGGUAAAGUUUCCCUUGGGAGAAUUAAAAUUAAUAGAGGUCUAUUCCAAGGAGACUCAGUAUCACCUAUUCACUUUAUCAUUAGUCUUAUACCCCUGUCCAUUCUUUUGAAUAAGCAUGAUAUAGGAUAUUCUCUGGACAGAAAAGAUGGACCAAAAGUGUCGCAUAGGCUAUACAUGGACGACCUCAAGUUGUAUGCCGAGAGUGAAGACGAAAUGCAAACACUGGUUAAUACCACAGCAGAGUUCAGCAGUGACAUAAAAAUGGAAUUUGGGCUAGAGAAAUGUGCCGUGGUGAAGGUGAAGAAGGGAGCAAGAGCCGUUUUCGAAGGCAUCUCCCUACCCACAGGUGAACAGAUCCAUGAGUUGGAGGACGAGGGCUAUAAGUAUCUGGGAAUACUAGAAGCCAAUGAUAUACUACACAAAGAGAUGAAAGCACUGGUUACAAAAGAGUAUAUCAGAAGAGUUAAAAAGGUUUUAAAAUCCCAGCUUCAUGGCAGGAAUAGUAUACAAGCAAUUAACACCUGGGCUGUACCUGUGAUAAGAUAUGGAGCUGGAAUUCUCUCAUGGAAUGCUGGAGAGACCAAAGCCUUAGAUGUCAAGACCAGGAAACUGAUGAGGAUAAAUGGAGCUCACCACCCCCAAGGAGAUGUUGAUCGGUUAUACGUAAGCCGUCAACUGGGUGGCCGUGGGCUACAUAGUAUAGAGGAAGUCGUAAAGAGAGAGGAGAAUGCACUCACCACUUAUGUGGUGAGAAGUAGAGACCCAGAACUUAUUGCUCUGAAGGACUACUUUGUCAAAGACAAGAUACUCUUGGGUGAAGAGAUAGAGAAAGAUAUCGACCGAACACAACGCGAGGAAAUCCGCAAGGAGAAGUGGACUGCUAAAGUGAUGCACGGACAGUUCCCAAGGCAGAUGAUGGGUAUAGCGGACCCGUUAACCUCUUGGAACUGGCUCACUCAACAAGACUUGAAGAAGGAGACAGAAGGAUUGUUGAUAGCAGCCCAAGACCAAGCACUCAGGACUAAUUAUGUGAAGCACAGGAUUGACAAAACACCUGGCUCUUCUCCCCUCUGCAGACUCUGCAGAAAUCAUUACGAGACAAUAGACCACAUACUGAAUGGGUGCCCAAAACUUUCACAUACAGAAUAUAAGUGUCGGCAUGACAAAGUAGCUGCCGCAUUGCACUGGAGUCUGUGCAAGGAAUACGGCUUCCCACGCAGUAAAAGGUGGUACGAACACCGGGCAGAGAAGGUGCUGGAGAACGAAAAAGUCAAGAUAUUGUGGGACUUCCAUGUCCAGUCGGACCACGUUAUCGAACACUGCAGACCGGAUCUCCUCCUGGUAGACAAGGUAACCAACGCAGCAACCAUCAUUGACGUUGCAGUCCCAGGAGAUACCCGGAUCCUGGAUAGAGAAUAA